AUGCUUCGAGCGGCAAUAGGAAGACACAGUUUGGCCGCUAGGCGCUCGUUUUCGACCACAAAUGCGUGUCUUUUUGCUAGCAAAAGGUUGCGACCAGAUCCUGAUAAAGUACCAAGGUCAGAACCGAUUAAUUUGAGCGACGAGGCCUUUCGCAAGACGAACACUAUCGAAGACUAUGCUAUGUACGACGUUGAGCCGCCGCCCAACAAUGUCGACACUAUCACCUCUGAUGGAUUUGUUCUCGCAAACGGGGCUCGCAUCACUUCUAGCGCAGAGUCGCCUCUAGGUCUGAUCUUGAUCGGCCAUGAAGCUUACCAGGUCGACCUGUCCAACAGUAUCACAGGUCUCGAUUCAGGUCGAGUAGAAAUCGAUGUGGAGAAGGUUAUGGGCGUAUUUCAGGUCGUCAAUCCUAAACCUGAGUUGCUAGUUCUCGGCCUAGGGGGGAAAUCACGCAUUCUGGGCUCCAAGACUCAAUCGUUCAUUCGUCAACUGGGAAUGCAAACGCAGAUCGGUACUACUCUGCAUGGCGCUAGCUAUUUCGAUUUAUUGGCCACUGAGAGAGGCAAGUCCGUUGCGGGCUUUCUGCUGCCCCCGAAUAUGUGA